UCCCCUCCCACCUCUCCUCUCUCUCUCUCACUCAUCAAUUUCAAAGCAAAUAAAAUUCCUUGCCCUAUAUACAAAGAAACCAAACCAAACCAAACAUAAACUAUACACAGUUUACACAAUCCUCUCUUCACAAAGACCCACCACAUAUAUAGAUUAUUAACUAUAAAACUCACUCAUUUCACUCUCUUUCAAAAAAAGAAAAAAGAAAAAAAAACUUCAGCAACAUCAACACACACAAUAAACUCAACACACUUAUAAACUCAACUGACCCAAGCUUUUAUUAUUAAUUUUUUCAUUUUAUUUUCUUUUUUGGACUCUUCAUGCGAUCAUGGAGGGAGGUGAUGACUUCCACCACCAUCACCAUCAUCACCAACACCACCACCACCGACAGAACUUCCCCUUCCAACUUCUAGAGAAGAAAGAAGAUCAAGAAGCAGCGUCGUGCUCAACUUCCUCCCCUUACCCUUCCCUAGCUAUCUCAUCAGCAGAACCAUCCACUUCAAAUUCAAACCGAUCCAAUCCAAACAGCAACACUGCAAACAACAACAAUAACAACAGCAACAACAACCAAUUAGCCUUACAACAAGAACAGCAAAUACAGCCUUCUUUAUCCUCUGAACCUUCUGGAAAGAAGCCUCCUCCUAAGCGGACAUCCACCAAGGACCGCCAUACAAAAGUCGACGGCCGUGGCCGCCGCAUCCGAAUGCCAGCUCUCUGUGCAGCCAGAGUGUUCCAGCUGACACGAGAGCUCGGCCACAAGUCCGAUGGCGAGACCAUCGAGUGGCUCCUCCAGCAGGCGGAGCCAGCCGUGAUCGCCGCCACCGGAACUGGAACAAUCCCCGCAAACUUCACGUCCCUCAACAUCUCCCUCCGCAGCAGCGGUUCCUCCAUGUCCGUACCAUCCCAGCUCCGAUCCUCAUACUUCAGCCCUAACUUCCCCCUCCAAAACCGCCGAACCUUGUUCCCCGGAAUAACCCUCUCGUCCGACACCACCACCGCCAGUAACAACAACAACAGCAACAACAACACCACCACUCUCCUUAACUUCCAACAGCAACAGCAAACCCUAACCGCAAAUAUUUUCAAGCAAGAACUGAGAGAGAGCCAUGGCGCUCCCUCUUCUUCUUCCACGUUGGAUUUAUCUGAAACAAGCGCGGAAGAAGGUUCGUUAGGGAGAAAGAGAAGGCCGCCAUCGGAACACGACCUAUCUUCUUCAGCACAGCACCAAAUGGGAAGCUACCUGCUGCAAUCAAGCGCAGGCGCGAUUCAGGCGAGCCACGCAGCUCAGAUUCCGGCCAACAUAUGGAUGGUGGCGAAUUCCCAAAAUGCCCCUCAGGUUAUGAGUGGUGACCCUAUAUGGACGUUUCCAACGCAGGUUAGUAACAGUGGGUUGUACCGUGGAACCGUUUCCAGUGGUUUGCACUUCAUGAACUUCCCUACUCCUAUGGCUUUGUUGCCGAGUCAGCAAUUAGGCUCUUCCGGUGGCGGAGGCAGUGUCAACGAAAGCCAUUUGAAUAUGAUCGCCGGUCUCGGCAGUUACCGUCCGGUCAUCGGAGUUUCAGAAUCGUCUCAGGCCAGUGGCUCUCAUCAACAUCAUCGAGAUGGAACCGAUGAUCGACACGAUAGUACCAGCCACCACUCUUGAUUAUACUGAUCAUCAUCAUCGAAUAAUAAUUCAAAGGAUCUUGAAGCUGUGAAUUCAAUUCAUCUUCGUCGUCAUCGUGUACAACUUUGAAUGAUCCAUUUGAUGUGUUUUUUUUAACACACGUGAGAGAGGUUUGCUAUUUGAUCUUUCAAUUUCUUUCUUCCCAAAAUUGAGUUUUAUUUAUUUAAUUUUCCACAAGUUAAAUUUUUUUUUUCUGGUGUGGUUAAAAUAUGAUCCCAAGAGAUGAUGAAUGAGGGUUUUUUAGGGUUUGAGAGAUGAUGACACUAUUUAACAUUUGGGUAUUUGGCUGAAUGUUUUUAAUUUUAAUUUUUUUCACCUCUUAUUUCAAUUUUUUUUUACUUGUGGUUAAAAAAAAAUUAUUGUCUCCUUUCCUUUGAGUUAUUCAUUCCACUACACGAUAUCUUAUCAUCAUUGUUUGUGCAAUUCUCUUUUCUUCUUUUUCUAUUUUAUCUUUCUUGUCAUAGAGCCUUUUAUAAUUGCUUUUGUAAUUUUAUGCUUUUUAUGUUUGAAGAUGAUGAGAGGAAAACGACUCAUUUAAUUAGCUUAGCUUGCAUUCCCAUUCCACCAUACCCCUCGCCAUUGCUAAGUUUCCUACCUAACAACAUUUUAAUUUUCUUCUUAAAUAAUUAUAUAAUACACUACUGCUAAUUAAUUACCCUUGUGCCUAAUUUUUAAACACAACAAUAAUAUUGCUAUUGCAAAUGCACAUUUGUUUUUAAAAUAUUAGAAAACAUAUCCACUUAGAGUAUAUACUAAUCUAGAAGUAAUUAAGUAUGUAUGUAUUAUUUUACUUAGAACUGAAUUUCACUAUGAAAGGUUCAAGUAGAAAAGAUCGGACAUGGAUGAAUUAGUUUUGUUUGGUCGUGCAUUCUUUCUUUUUGGGACAAAGCCUGGUGGAGUGGGUAAAAGGGAUAAAACAGUGUUACCGCGAGAGGAGUAAAAAAAUGUAGAUGUAGAUGUAGAUGUAGAAGUAGUAGUAUUAAAAAUUAGAAUGCUUUUUGAUCAUUGGUGAUUCUAAAUCUCUGCCAUGAAUCUCGAGGUUUACUGCAUCAAUGAUUAAGAUUUUAGAGAAAAGAGGGGGAGAGGGAGGGGUUAAUAGGACGGUGGGGUCAUGAGCCUUAUCGGUUCCAGGUGUUGCCUCAGGUAGUGGGGUCAUUAUGCUUCUUAUUGCCUAAACCAAUCUACAAUGUCACUGACAAACAGGUGGAUCAUUCCCCUCCAAUCUUUUCUUUCUCUUUUUCUCUCUUUUUAAUUCAAUUUAAUCAUUUCCUUAAUUUCUAUUAAGUUAAUUAGUUUUGAUGAGAGAGAGGGUCCAUGGUGAGUCUUAAAUUGACCCUACUACUGGGGGAAUCAUGGCCCACAUAAUUUUCCAUCAAUCAGGACCGUUCAUUCGAUGGGCCCUCUUUGAAUGUCCGCAUUGAAUGAUUGGCUCUGUCACAAAAAUGUGGAAUCUGAGAGUUUCAAUUCCAUGGCCCUUUCAAUUCAAUUCCCCUCUAUUUGUUUUAAAAAUUACUGUUUCUCUAUCUUCCUUCAAAUUGUUUUCAACAUUUUCAUGCUACUUUGCCCAAUUAGUACUAUGCAUAUGCACAACUAUUAUUUUAUAUUUUCACUCAGAUAUUUGGAAUCUAAUGAUAUCUCCAUCCUCAUCUCUAAAAUAAUAGGAGGAGAGAAAAAGCAGGCUUAUUAGGAUAUUCUCUCCACUAUAAAAAUUUGUUCUGCACCAUAAUAAUAUGAUUCGGGAGAACCCAGCUUUAGUUUAUUUAUAUUAUUAUGAUGAUCAUGUAGCUAUAGCACCAGUGUAAAGCAGACCAAAAUUAUAUAUAUUUAUGCUUCUUAAUAAAAAAAAUUAUACAAAAGUCUAUAUAUUUUUAAUAUAUAAUGUGUGAGUUGAUGAGAUUAUGGGAAUAUAUAUAUAACUUGAGUGAGGUUCCAAUAAUUAUGGUACAAAAACACUGAAACAGUUACAACCUGGUGAUAAUGAUGAUGAUGAUAAUGCUGAAAAUGGUUCUCACCUAAUGCUAAUAACUAGGGCUUUAAUAUAGAAACAAA